UCAAAUCUGUACCUUCAAAUAGAGUGUUCUCAGCAGGAGCCGAAAGCGCGUAGCUGAUGAUUCCUAACCGUUAGCCCGUCACUGUCCAGAACGUCUAUUCAGUAGACGGCUGCGUAGGAAGCGUCAGCGUCUGGUGCUUCAGUCGUCUUGCUGUCACAUCCCCGCUGUAAAAUCCUCGCUAGCACGCCCUUAGCUGGCGCCAGCAUAGGAAUGGCGGCAUGGGGUAUCAUGACGGCAGAAAGGACGACGGUAGGUCUAACGGCUGGCCGCCUCUAGUCGAUUCACCGUCCGCUAGAGUAGGCGGCGAGAACGGCUCAGGCGGUGCUCGCUCGUCAGCCACACACGGCCAUUCGACACAAUCGCGUUCGUUGCAAGGUCACUCACGGCACUUGAAUUCAAAUUCAACGCUAGGAUACGGAAAUGCUAUCCAGGCUGGGCCGUUUAGCGUGAUUCGUCGAGUGGGUAGCCGGGAUAGCCUCGAUAAAUCCACCACGCCGACUGCUUCCGUCGGGAGGUUGUGUAACCAGCAAGCUUGGUUCGCGAACUUCGCAAGGGAUAGGAAACGCUUCGGGAUUGUCGCAGCCAUGGUCGCAUGGGCUCGCGGUGCGACAGCAGCCGUGUUUGGAAUCGGUAGAGGGCGGCAUUCCCUGAGCGAUGGCGGGAAAAGCGGGUUACCAAUAACAGCGUCAGAUUCAUGGUCAGACAGGUGGAAGACGAGCAAUGGAUGCGGUUUCGCCGUGCUGGUAACCCGACGAUGGGAGUCGCUGCUGGUGUGGGCGAGCAGUGGCGGAAUUCGCUGGCUGGUCGCAGGCUUGGCUGUCGCUAUCAUGGUUUCCAAGGCCUUUGCUGUGUGGCUACAAACGCUCCUGAUCGGCCCCACUGCCUCCUUUGGGUCAGACACCGCCAACUUCCCCCUCUACUCCGAGGUGGCUCGCUGGUAUCAGAGCGGAACCACGGCUGUGAUUGCACUGCUCGCCACUAAAUUCCUAGGCCGCCCCAUAGCAUCUCCAGUCCCGAUAUUCUCCUUCGCUGGCGCCGGUGCUGCUAUCACCAUCACAGCAGUGUGCAUCAGAGAGCUCAAUGGUCGCAUUGGCAUCGGGGCAACCUGCAUGGUCUAUGCCUUCUGCACUUUGUCACUCCUUCUGUGGCAGUCCAUACUCAGUGGAGCGCCCAUGCUUGUGGGGUCGUGUAGCGGAUCUUCCCCCGUGGCAGCAAUGGCGUGGCGGCGAGUGCACUGGGUGCGGCUGCUGGGCUUCCUGGUGGCCUGCCUGCUUGCCUACAGCUGCUGGGCGUGGUUUCCCCCCGCCUCAGAGGCAGCCAGGGUGCUGCUGCCAUCCGCCACGCCUCUCUACUUCUGGCCGCCCGCCAGCAUGGGAGUGCGCUACUGGUGGUGGAUAGGGCCCCUUGCUGUGCCCAUCUUUGCCUUUUUGCUCUUCUGCUCGGACGGCCUAGCAGUGGCCCUGCAGGAGCGCGUCUAUCUGCAGUACGACUUGCCUGUGACCUCGCUGGUGCUCUACGUCUCCUGCGCCACCUUGUUCAACGACUUCUGGGCCUUUGCCUUCAGCGACCAUUUCGACCGCGCAUUUGGCUUCGUCUUUGACUGCCCGCAGUGCCUGCUGUACCUCGUUCUAGCUUCCGUGAAGUCUAUGGCGGGCAUGUCGCUGCGGAGCGGAACGCGAUUGCCCGGGCCAUCAGCGCUGGCAGCAUUCCUCAUGGCGCUGCUGCUGAGAGUGUCUGGAGGGCUGGUCUCCUCCCUUGUCUCGCGGGCAAGGCAGCUCUCGUGGCUUCCCUUCUCGUCCUUUCUUUCUAUCAGUCGCGUUUCUCGGUAAAGCAGUGUUUUGUUUUUGGGAAUUAUAAAAAGCAUAACGCAAAUCUCGUUCCACGGUAAGCCACAUGUUUCUAUCAGAUGACUUUUGAGUCGGCUCGAAAGCCCUUCCCGCCCCCCCACAUUCGUAAAGCCCCCUUCUCCCUACUCUGGGAAGUGUCCCCCUGAAGUGCACACAAACGCAAAAGCCCUUUUGAGGGGCACAUCGGAGGAGCACAAAUGCCCUUCUGCGGGGCAUAUCCGAGGAGCACAAAAGCCUUCUGAGGGGCACAUCCGAGGAGCACAAAAGCCCUUCUGAGGGGCACAUCCGAGGAGCACAAAAGCCCUUCUGAGGGGCACAUCCGAGGAGCACCAAAAGCCCUUCUGUCUACUCCUCUGUCGUGCCCUCACGCCCCCCUUUCAAUCGGAUCAUCACAA